AUGGCCAGGAAGCUCAGCGUGCUGGAAGUCCUCCUAAUUAUCUUCUUCCUGAUCGUGCUGUGUGUGGAUAUCCUUCUACUGCUCCUUGUGCUGGAGAAAGACCAAGAUAAAUUUGUUCCUGAGUGCCCGGCGAUCCUGGACGCAGAGAGGAUAAACUGUGCCCCUGAUCAAGUGGUGACACAGGAAGUCUGCAUCUGGCAGCGCCAGUGUUGCUGGAACCCUGUGGCGGAUGCCAGUGUCCCCAACUGCUUCUUCCCCAGGAACUGGGGCUACGAGGUCACCCCGGACUCUGAAAGCACAGAGUGGAACCUCAGGCUCAGUAGGCUGCCGUCCCCGACGCUGUUCGGCAGUGAUAUCCACAGCGCCCUGUUCAGCGCUGACCACCAGACGGCCAAUCGGAUCCGUUUUAAGAUCACCGACUUCAAUAACAAACGCUAUGAAGUCUACCAUGAACAUAUUAACUCUCAGACACAGACGGCCAAUAGCUCAAAUUUCAGCUAUCACUUGGAAGUCGUUCAUAAGCCCUUCAGCAUCAAAAUAAAGAGGGCAAGCAAUAACAAAGUCUUGCUGGACACGAGCAUCGGGCCCCUCCUGUUUGCCCAGCAGUACCUGCAGCUGUCCUUCCGCCUGCCCAGCGCCAACGUGUAUGGGCUGGGGGAGCACGUGCACCAGCAGUACCGUCACAGCAUGGACUGGAAGACCUGGCCCAUCUUCACUCGGGACGCCACCCCCACCACGGGCAUUAAUUUGUACGGGGCUCAUCCCUUCUUCUUGUGCCUGGAAGACACCAGCGGAGCCUCCUUCGGAGUUCUUCUUAUGAACAGCAACGCUAUGGAGGUCACCCUGCAGCCGGCUCCAGCCAUCACCUAUCGUACGAUCGGGGGAAUUCUUGACUUCUACGUGUUCGUGGGAAGCACCCCAGAGAAGGUCGUUCAAGAGUACCUGGAGCUUAUUGGAAGACCGUUCUUACCUCCUUUCUGGAGCCUUGGAUUCCAGCUCAGCCGUAGGGGUUACGGGAACAUCACUGCAUUGAAGGACGUGGUGGACCGAAACCGCAAAGCCGAGAUCCCAUAUGAUGUGCAGUACUCUGACAUAGAUUACAUGGAUGGAAACAAGGACUUCACGUAUGACAACGGUUCUUUCAAUAAUCUCUCUGAUUUUGCCGAGGAGUUACGCAGCAAUGGACUGAAAUAUGUCAUCAUCAUGGGCUAUCCCGCUGAUCCCACAGUCUUUCCCGAUUUCAGUAAUCCGAAGAGCAUCACAUGGUGGACAGACCAAUUCAAAGAAUUCCAUAAUACCCUGAAGUUUGAUGGAGUGUGGAUUGAUAUGGAUGAAGUAUCUAACCUCCAAACUUCCAAGAUCCAGUGUGACUCCAACACUUUAAACUAUCCUCCUUUCACUCCAAGGGUUGUAGACCGCCUGCUUUUUGAGAGAACACUUUGCAUGGACACAGAGUUUUAUGAGGGCCUUCACUAUGAUGUCCACAGCUUGUAUGGCUACUUCAUGGCCCGUGCCACGGAAUCCGCCAUGAAGGCGGUGUCGGCAGAGAGGAGUCUCAUCUUGUCCCGUUCCACUUUUCCUGGUUCUGGCAAGUUUGCUGGUCAUUGGCUCGGCGAUAAUGUGGCUUCAUGGGAUGACCUCCUGUGGUCCAUCCCCAGCAUCCUCGAGUUCAACCUGUUUGGGAUCCCUCUGGUAGGCGCCAAUAUCUGUGGUUAUGAAGGACAUGCCACAGAGGAACUCUGUCGAAGAUGGAUGCAGCUUGGAGCAUUUUAUCCUCUCUCUAGGAAUCACAACGGGCCUGGCUUCAGGGACCAGGACCCCGCUUCCUUCGGCAAUGACUCCCUGCUGCUCAACUCCUCCAGGCACUACCUGAACAUCCGGUACACCUUGCUGCCCUACCUGUACACGCUCUUCUACCGCGCUCACACCCGCGGGGACACCGUGGCCCGGCCGCUGCUGCACGAGUUCUACCAGGACCCAGCCACCUGGAAUGUGCAUGAGCAGUUCUUGUGGGGGCCUGCACUCCUCAUCAUACCUGUCUUACGUGAAGGUAUGGAGCAGGUGACUGCCUACAUUCCAGAUGCCAUCUGGUAUGACUUUGAGACGAUGAAAACAGUUCCGUGGAGGAAACAACAGGCACAGAUGGCAAUCCCCAAAGAUAAGAUAGGACUUCUUAUUCGAGGGGGCUACAUCUUCCCUGUCCAGCAGCCAGCCGCCACCACGGAGAUCAGCCGCAAGAACCCUCUGGGACUUCUCAUUGCCUUGGAUCACAGGAGAGAGGCAAAGGGGGAGUUGUACUGGGAUGACGGUGUAUCCAGAGGCUCUGUGGAUACAGGCAACCAUGUCCUGUAUACUUUCUCUGUGAGCUCCAUGCUGCGUAUCAACCUCCCAGGACUGGCCCUGGGAGAGGAUUUUUCCAUCAACUGGACACUGCCGGUCAAUGACACAGAGAAGUUCAACUGCUACCCUGAGAGUACAGCUGUCUCCGAGGAGAGCUGCAAGCAGCGGGGGUGCCUGUGGGAGGCCUCAAAUGUCCCUGGAGUGCCCGUGUGCUACUAUGAUACCAUCCCCAGCUAUGCUGCCAGUAACAUUCAGACUCUGUCCACGGGCAUCAUGCUGGACCUCAACCUCCUGCCAGAUGCCCUGGAUGACCCUCCAGCAGUGGACACUCAUCACCAGUCCCGCGCCUCUGCCUCUGACAGCCGUUCUGAAAAGAUCGCCACUCUCCGCGUGAGCAUCAUCUACCACACACCUACCAUGAUGCAGUUAAAGAUCUACGAUGCCAACAGCACGAGAUAUGAGGUCCCUAUUUCCCUCAAUAUCCCGGACAACAAAACACACUCUUCUGAGACACUGUAUGACGUCAACAUCCAGACCAACCCAUUUGGGAUCCAGAUUCGUCGGAAGAGCUCCCAAGCCAUGAUCUGGGACUCUCAGCUCCCUGGCUUCACCUUCAACGACAUGUUCCUCUCCAUCUCUACCCGCCUGCCCUCUCAGUACAUCUACGGCUUUGGGGAGACGGCUCACGAAACCUUCAGGAGAAGCAUGAGCUGGAACACGUGGGGCAUGUUUGCUCGGGAUGAGCCCCCAGGGUACAAGAAGAACUCCUACGGUGUGCACCCCUACUACAUGGCGCUGGAGGAGGACGGCAGUGCCCACGGGGUGCUCCUGCUCAACAGCAACGCCAUGGACGUGACCCUGCAGCCCACGCCUGCCCUGACCUAUCGCACCACAGGAGGGAUUUUCGACUUUUAUGUGAUGUUAGGGCCAAGCCCUGAACUCGUAACUCAACAAUAUACUGAGCUGAUUGGCCGGCCAGCGAUGAUUCCAUACUGGGCUUUGGGAUUCCAGCUGGGUCGCUAUGGAUACCAGGAUGUUCCUGAGAUCUCUGGAUUAUACAAUGCAAUGGUCGAAGCCCAGAUCCCCUACGACGUGCAGCACGUAGGCAUGGACUACAUGGAGCGGAAGCUGGACUUCACCCUCAGCUCCAGGUUCAGUGGCCUCCCCCUCCUGGUUGACCAGCUGAAGAGUGAUGGCGUGAGGUUUAUUCCCGUUCUGGACCCGGCCAUUUCUGGCAAUGAGACGGGGUAUCUCCCCUUCACCCGGGGACAGACAAACAAUGUGUUCAUCAAGUGGCCAGGCAGCAAUGACAUUGUCUGGGGGAAGACUUGGCCAGAUCUGCCCAAUGUGAAUGUGGAUGGAUCCCUGGACCAAGAGACUCAGGUGAAGCUGUACAGAGCCCACGUGGCAUUUCCUGACUUCUUGCACAACUGCACAGUUUUAUGGUGGAAGAAUGAGAUCCGAGAGCUCUACACAAACCCGAGGGACUCGGCGCAGAGCCUGAAGUUCGAUGGACUCUGGCUUGACAUGAACGAGCCGUCAAACUUCGUGGAUGGAUCUGUCAGCAGCUGCAGAGACAACAUGCUCAACAAUCCCUCCUACAUGCCUGCUCUGGAGGCCAGGGACAGCGGCCUGAGCAGCAAGACCCUGUGCAUGGAGAGCCAGCAGGUGCUGGCGGACGGCUCGGUGGUGCGUCACUACGACGUGCACAACCUGUACGGCUGGGCGCAGACCAGGCCCACCUACGAAGCUGUGCAGGAAGUGACAGGGCAGCGAGGCGUGGUCAUCACUCGCUCCACCUUCCCCUCCUCUGGCCGCUGGGGAGGCCACUGGCUGGGAGAGAACACGGCUGCGUGGGACCAGCUGAAGAAGUCCAUCAUUGGAAUGCUGGAGUUCAGCCUCUUUGGAAUACCAUAUACAGGAGCGGACGUCUGUGGCUUCCUUGGAAACGCGGAAUAUGAGAUGUGCCUACGCUGGAUGCAGCUAGGAGCCUUCUACCCCCUGUCCAGGAACCAUAACACCAUGGGGACCAGGAGACAAGACCCCGUGUCCUGGAACUCCACGUUUGCGGACAUCUCCAGGCGCGUCCUGCAGACCAGAUACACCCUGCUGCCCUACCUCUACACGCUGAUGCACCAGGCCCACGUGGAGGGCAGCACCGUGGUCCGGCCGCUUCUCCACGAGUUCCCAGGGGACAGCAAUACCUGGGACAUUGACCGUCAGUUCAUGUUGGGUCCCGCCCUCCUCAUUAGCCCCGUGCUGGAAAGUGGCACUGUCCAGGUUUCUGCCUACUUCCCGCAGGCCCGUUGGUAUGACUACAGCACGGGGUCCGGCGAGGAAUCAACAGGAAGCAACAAGAUCUUGGAUGCCCCCCUUGACCACAUCAACAUUCACGUCAGAGGAGGCUACAUCCUGCCCUGGCAGGAGCCUGCCAACAACACGCAGUACAGUCGACAGAAUUUCAUGGGAUUGACGGUUGCCUUGGACAGCGAUGGGAAAGCUCAUGGCCAGUUGUUCUGGGAUGAUGGACAAAGCAUAAAUACCUAUGAAAAUGGAAACUAUUUCUUGGCAAACUUUGCAGCAGCUCAGGAUACCUUACAGAUCCAGACCCUUCACAAUAGCUAUCUGAGUAGUGUGAAUCAGCUGAAGGUUGGAUAUAUUAAAAUCUGGGGGUUGAGUGCUGCCUACGUGACAGAAGUCAGUAUCACUCAUGGCACCCAACAAUUCACAGAGACAAACUUCACCAGUGACUCAUACAAUCAGUACAACCACUCUAAUCCCAACAAGCACAACUACUCUUACUAUAACCACUCCAAAUCCUGA